GGAUGGAAAAUGACUAAUGGAGCCGUAGAGGGUCCAAGAUGCCAAAUCUACAAAGAACAAUGCUAUUAUUUGGUCGUGUUAAGAAACGAGUUGUCGUUUUACGUACGAAACACGAGUCUCAACCGUCAACCGAACGAGUCAACAGUAAAAAGCGUAGGAGCAGGGAGGAAGAAGAAGCAAGAGCGAUGAGGCCUGAGAUCGUCUUGUUCGGAGACUCAAUCACCGAACAAUCCUUCCAAUCAGGUGGCUGGGGCGCUGCUCUAGCCGAUUCUUACUCCCGCAAGGCCGAUGUAAAAGUUCGUGGGUAUGGCGGGUACAACACGAGAUGGGCUUUGUUCUUGCUGCAGAACCUCUUUCCUCUGGAUUCUGAUAAACCUCCUGCUGCUGCCACAAUUUUCUUUGGGGCCAAUGACGCGGCUAUUUUAGGCAGAACAAGCGAGCGGCAACAUGUUCCUCUUGAAGAGUACAAGGAGAAUCUCAGAAAAUUUGUUCUUCAUCUGAAGGAGUGUUCCCCCACCAUUUUGAUUGUGCUUAUUACUCCACCACCUGUUGACGAGGAUGGACGUAAUGAAUAUGCACGAUCUUUAUAUGGUAAGGAUGCUAGGGAACUUCCAGAAAGGACGAAUGAAGUGACAGGAGUUUAUGCAAAGAAGUGCAUUGAGCUAGCUGAAGAAAUGGGUCUCCGCUCCAUCAAUCUUUGGUCCACAUUGCAGGAAACAGAGGGUUGGCAGAAGAAAUUUCUAAGUGACGGGCUACACCUAACACCAGAAGGCAAUGCUGUUGUCCACCAAGAAGUCGUCAAAGUUUUCACCGAAGCAUGGUUUUCUGCCACGGAAAUGCCUCAUGAUUUCCCUCACCACUCAGAAAUUGACGGGAAGAACCCUGAGAAAGCUUUCCAGCAACGAUGCAUAUAACUAAAAUUUUCGAUUGCUUCAAGUUUUACAAUUUUUCAGAGUCAAAUGCUAUGUUGGCAUUCACACCGAAACACAUCGCUUCCUUUGGAGACAUGACCUAGAGAAGUGUCAUUGUUUUUUUCCCUAUCUGCUUGAUUAGUAUGUACAACAAAAUCUCUAUGGGAAACCUGAAACUUUUUUCCAUUUCUUGUUCAUUCAAGAUUGUAAGAGUGAAAUCUAUUUUGUAUUCGUAGAUUGA